CACGUUUUAGAUCCUCGCCGGCCACUUCGCCUUCUAAAAUUACACCUUGCCCGCUCUCCACUGCGAACGUGGCUUGGGAUGAUGCGCUGUGCACCCACACGAACCGUCUAAACCAUCUCGAGGGCUUGGGCUCCUAUAUCUCCGCACGUGGCGUUUGAUGGCCGCCCAUGCUUGUGCACAACGUUAUAGCCUUCCUAAAUUCCUCUGCCCAGUAUGAUCUGAUUCUAUUCCCGUCAGUGCACGUUCGUGGAAGCCCAAUCGGGCCGUGGGGAUCUGUUCCGUGCGACUGCAUAUAUAGCGCACGCGAUGGCGUGCACGGUCCCGCGUCCACCUUCGACCGCACUCUCAGGGACUCUCUCUGCACGCCAUGAGCAGCGACGACGACGCCAAAAACGCGCAGAUUGACGAGAAGGGACUCGAGUCGCCGCCGAGCCUGAGCCGCCAUGAUGAUGGCGCUGCUGCCGCUACCUUGGAGUUGGUCUCUAGAAAGGAGAGACUGUCGAGCGCGUUCACCAUUGCGUGUGCCGGCUUCGCGUUGAUCAGCGAUGGGCUCCAGAACAACAUCAUGUCCCUGACGAACGUGGUCUUCACCCAGCUGUAUGGCUCCGCGGCAUACAAUUCGUUCUGGUCGACUCAGCUGUCCAACUCCCUCACUGUCGGCACGAUUCUCGGUCAGGUUGCGAUCGGCUAUCUGUGCGACGUCAAGGGCCGGAAGUGGGGCAUCGUGCUGUCGACCGUGCUCAUCGUGCUCGGGAUCAUCCUUUGCGCCGCUGCCAAGGGCGCUCACGGAAGCUUCCACGGGUUCCUCUGGAUGUUCACGAUCGCUCGUGGGAUCACGGGUCUCGGAGUGGGGGGUGAAUACCCCAGUUCGUCGACCUCUGCUGCGGAAGCGGCCAAUGCGCGCAUGCUCAAGCAGCGAGGACCUGUGUUCAUCCUGGUCACCAACUUGGUCCUUUCGAUGGGCGGACCUUGUGCGAUCAUCCUGUAUCUUAUCGUGUUCGAAGCAGCCGGGGGCCUCUCUGCCAACCUGUCAACCGUCUGGCGCACCGUUUUUGGUAUCAGCGCCGUCCCACCGCUGAUCGUGUUCUAUUUCCGUCUCAAGAUGCUGAAUUCUGAGCUCUAUCGCAAGGGCGCCAUCCAGCAGAACGUCCCGCACUUGCUUACGAUCCGGUACUACUGGAGAUCGCUCAUUGGUACGGCGGGGGCAUGGUUUUUGUAUGAUUUCAUUGUGUUCCCGAACGGUGUUUUCUCCGGUGUCAUCAUCUCGUCGUUGGUCAAAGUGCACGGUAAAGAACUCGUGCGCAAGACCGCGGAAUGGCAACUGCUCUUGGGCAUCAUUUCCAUUCCAGGGUGUUUUGUGGGUGCUGCGUUGGUCAACCGCAUCGGACGCAGAAACACGAUGAUCUUCGGGUUCUCUGGCUACCUCAUUUUCGGCCUCAUCGUUGGCUGUGCAUACAACAAGGUCAUCAAGAACGUGGCCGGAUUCGUCGUGCUGUACGGGCUGAUGAACAGUCUUGCUAAUGCUGGACCUGGAGACAUGCUCGGUCUCGUCUCUGCGGAAUCCUAUGCCACGGCCGUCCGCGGGACGUGCUACGGCUUCAGCGCCGCCAUUGGCAAGACGGGUGCUGUGAUCGGCACUCAGGCGUUCACGCCGAUCCGCAACAACCUCGGCGCGCGCUGGACCUUUAUCAUUGCAGCCAUCUGUGGGCUCGCGGGCAUGCUCGUGACGAUCUUCUUCAUCCGCAACGACCUGGGUGGUGAUCUUGCCGAGGAGGAUGCCAGAUUCGCUGCGUUCUUGGAGGCCAACGGGUGGCAGGGAAAGAUCGGCGCGACAGAGUCGAUUGAUAAGCUCGUUGUCGCGGAGAAGGGCGAGAACGAGGAGAAAAAGUGACGGACUGUGCGUAUGUUGCCAGUCGGAUGAAUUAAUGAUGUAUGUAGCCCAUACUGUAUUAUCCGAGCAUGCUAUCUCGGUCAGUGAGUUUGGAUUCGUCACAUCCGAGUUGCGGUGCGUAAGUUCUGCCGUUCGAGUGGUGAAAUGCACUCAGAUGGGCUUAAACUGCAUACUUCUAAUUCUAUUCUCCCUAUGCAUGCGUUUUGAGCGAUAAUUCGGCAACCCUGCUGUCACCUUGAAUACAUCCUCGAAUGAGUUUUGUCGUCCAGCACACUAGCCGCGGGAACAUUGAACUGGAUUUCGGCAAUGGUACCCGGUUUUCCCGUAUCGCUGCUGCUCCUCCGGACGCCAGCGUCGGGCACAAACGAGGCCGUGGUCAACACCGUCGGCGCGCCGCUCUGUCGCA